UUUGGAUUCACACACGUACCAUUGAAUAAUAUCCCAUUAUACUUACUUAAUUAAAGCCAAAAUCAUAUUAUUCUUCUCUCUCUCUUCCUUUUUUGAGUUUCAAAAUGCAUAAAUACGAGAAAGAGAGACGAAGACCCAAUUAAAGUCCAAGCACCAAUCUAGACCUUCUAGGAAAAAAACCUAAAAACCUAAUCCCCAAACCUAAAAGGCUUAUCUCCUCUCUUCUUCUUUGUCUUCUUUUACUUUUUUUUUUCUCUCUUCACCAUGUCUAAUGAAACCAGAGAUCUCUACAACUACCAAUACCCAUCAUCGUUUUCCUUGCACGAAAUGAUGAAUCUACCUACUUCAAAUCCAUCUUCUUAUGGAAAUAUCUCAUCACAAAACGGUUUGUAUCCAUCUACUUACUCCUUCACCGAUUGCCUCCAAAGUUCUCCAGGAGCGUAUGAAUCUCUACUUCAAAAAUCUUUUGGUCUUUCUCCCUCUUCAUCAGAGGUUUUCAACUCUUCGAUCGAUCAAGAACCAAACCGUGAUGUUACUAAUGAUGUAAUCAAUGGUGGUGCAUGCAACGAGACUGAAACUAGGGUUUCUGCAUCUAAUUCUUCAUCUAGUGAGGCUGAUCAUCCCGGGGAAGAUUCCGGCAAGAGUAGGAGGAAACGAGAGUUAGUCGGAGAAGAAGAUCAAAGUUCCAAAAAAGUUGGGAAAACGAAAAAGAAUGAGGUGAAGAAACAAAGAGAGCCACGAGUCUCGUUUAUGACUAAAAGUGAAGUUGAUCAUCUUGAAGAUGGUUAUAGAUGGAGAAAAUACGGCCAAAAGGCUGUAAAAAAUAGCCCUUAUCCAAGGAGUUACUAUAGAUGUACAACGCAGAGGUGCAACGUGAAGAAACGAGUGGAGAGAUCGUUUCAAGAUCCAACGGUUGUGAUCACAACUUACGAGGGUCAACACAACCACCCGAUUCCGACUAAUCUCCGGGGAAGUUCCGCGGCAGCUGCUAUGUUCUCCGCAGAUCUCUUGACUCCAAGAAGCUUUGCACAUGAUAUGUUUAGGACGGCGGCUUAUACUAACGGUGGUUCUGCGGCGGCGGCGGCUUUGGAUUAUGGAUAUGGACAAAGUGGUUAUGGUAGUGUGAAUGCAAACCCUAGUUCUCAUCAAGAGUAUCAUCAAGGGGGUGAGUACGAACUCUUGAGGGAGAUAUUUCCUUCAAUUUUCUUCAAGCAAGAACCUUGAUCGAUCAUUGUUAUAAUUAACUACUUAUAUAUACACUUAUAUAUACUAGCUACUUAUAUUUAUUGAGAGAGAGAGAGAGAGGUAGAGAAAAAAAACUUAUAUGUAACUAAGAUCUUAUUUUGUCUCUCUUAUUUGCAUGUACAUAUUUUUUAUGAGAGAAUGAGACGUAAAUUGGGCUUGAUUAUAUUUGAUGAUGUGUAAUGUGUUACCGCACGUUGGAUACAUAUUUUUGCUUCGAUUUUGUAAGAUUAUAUUUUCUUCU